AUGACCAAUUACAACACCAUGACGAUUACCCUUGGACAGAAGGACGGGCUUCGGCGUCUUUCCGCUGGACCCCCGAUGCGUCCGCCGCGCGAGCAGAAGAGCGGCCCCAGCUGGUUCGUCGCGUUGGCGAUCGCCGCGGUGUCCCUGGCUGUUGGAAUUUGUUUUUCUCCGACGUUUCUUCCCACCGAGUUAUCAAAUGCAAAAAUGUCUGGGUCUGGAAGAAUGCAACUUGUGAUGCUGCAUUUGGAUGCCUGAAAAAUUUGUGUUGCAUGAUGAGCAGCAAAAGGAUUCUAGUUUUUGCUACGCGGGGAGCGCAUUUGUCAUCCGGAAUAGGCAUCAAGAAUCCCUCAGAAAGCCCUUGAUGCUAGGGCAUGCAUCACAGACAUCAUGGCUCAUGCAACACGUGCGUGACAAGUCUCAGAAUCAUCCAGACCCAGACAGUUUUACAGUUGAUACGAGUGCCCGAAGUGCAACUGCCCGCCUUGCGAUCGCCGGGAAUUGAGGCCGAUGGAGGUGGUGGUGAGGCUUGACAAGAAAACAGCGGGGAACGACCCCGUGGAGGCGACCAAGAAAAAUAAUUUUGCUUUCUCCCCUUUCAAGGACGACACGAAUCCCGCUGCCUCUACUUUCGAGGAUCACUACUUUUCGGCCGAAGUGCUAGACCCGCAGACCUUGAAACCGCUGCAAUCUGACACCACGCGGCUCGUGGAAGCGCUAAAAAGGGCCGACGGGGUCUUUGGGCAGCUCGCGGUGAAAAAAAAUUCGCCGGCGGUACUAGGGCGUGCAACUACUUCUACUAGUAGCCAAAACAGCAACUUUGUGUCUGUUCCGAAAUUGCAGCGAGCUGCCCGUCUCCGUAUAGAGGCUGUUGCGCGGUUGCGUGCGUGCAUGCAAAAGAAGGAAAAUUCAAUGUACCACGAAGGCCCGGCUUGUACGCGCUGGUCGGAGAUUAUCGACGCUGUCUUUGACGAAUGUGGCAGCUUUGACUCGCUUGUAGAGGCUGGCGGUCUCCUGGCAGGAUCCAGCAACUUCGAGGUCGCGGAGUACAUUCGUGAGAAAAUUGAUGGUAACAGCAAAAACGCGAUGCAGGGCGUCGUGUACUUUGAGCCGCGCGGGUCCGGUGAGUGGAUGGUUGUGAAUCUGAAGGGCGUGCAUGAACCGUUGGCAAAAUCGCCACUGCAUGAGGCCGAUUGCUUUGCCUUCUACGAUCAGUCUCGAACGCGCGGGGCAGACUUGAAGCUGAAACACGACGCGCAUGCCAUCGUCACGGUGGCACCCGGAAUGAACAAGGAUCAGCUCAUGCAAGCUGUUGGGAGGCUGCGAAAAAUUCACUUCGCGCAAACCGUGGCAUUUUACGGGCCGCCAGAGGUCACGAACAGUAUCCGAGAACAAUGCAGCCUGCCGUGCGCGCAGCUGAACUCGGUAGACCUCCUCUUCUGGGUUACUCUGAACACCAUCCACGCCGUCGAAAAUGCGUUGCUACCCUGGGCUUCGCAAGGAGGUACGUACUGUGCAGUGGGCGGGAACGCCUCCCGAGCCUUGCUCGACGAAAAAUGCGACUUGACAACGUUUUAUGGUGCCUCGACGAAGAAGCAGCUUAUUCGUGACGUCGGAAAGAGAGACUUUGAAGGUCAGAUGCGGCAAGCUGCAAAGAGAUUCAAAGAAGCGGAACGCUUGCGCACACUGGCAACCAGUAAUCCAGAUUCGCAGCAAGCCCAAGGUCGCACAGGAGGUACUCUGCCUACGGGAAAAGCCUGUGGCGGAGCCUCCUGUUUCGAGUACACGCCGAAAUUGCAGCGAGCUGCCCGUCUCCGUAUAGAGGCUGUUGCGCGGUUGCGACUACGGCAAUGA